AUGUCUACUCCAGUUUCAUCACCAGUUGACAUCAAGAGCGAAGUCCUGAAAUCGGAUUCCAUCAUCUCCGAGCAGGCGACUCGAUUGGAAGAAGAGUGCCAACAGCUCUUGUCGGACAUUAAGCGAAUUGGUGAACCCGGCGAGCCCUUUGUCUUGUUUGGAGAUUUGUUUGAUGACGAUAACGUCCAAAACUACUACGAAGCAUUGGUAGGGACUCUGAAAUCUGCCAAGAAGCGUGGAUUGAUUGAUUUCAAGGGACAAAUGUUGCUCAAGGGAGCUCAUGACAACGUCAAGAUAACAAUUCUGAAUGCGUAA